UCCUGAUUAAUUAAUUAAAUUAUAGGGUAUUGAGACCAGAUCUCCAUAAGAAACACGUUACCGUUUGACCACCUCUUCUCUUCCAUUAUCAUAUAAAUAUCUUUUUCUCCUCAUCGAUCUCUCUCUCUUGAAGUUAUAUUCUUUCGCUUGUUAAUUUGAUAGGUUCCUUAGAGCAGCAACUAAGAAGAAGAAGAAGAUGAUGAUGAACAGCUGUGGACUCCAGCAAAACUCCGAGAUGAGGAGAGACACCGUUGUUUGCCCUAAACCACGCCGUGUCGGUGUACUCAACAACCAUCACCUUGCUCGAUCUCUUCGAUGGCAAGUCAGUCAGCAGAUGGAUCUAUGCGAAUCGAAUUCACGAGGCAAGAUAUUUGAUUUCAUCCUCGCUAAUGGUAAUGGUUAUGAACAAGAUCCGAAGAUGACGUCAUCGCCGCCGCUGUUCUUUACAGGGUCGCCGCCGACUAGAGUUUCUAACCCUUUAACAAAAGACUUACUCUUUCGGGACGAGCUUCUCGUGGUGGCUCCUCCUCCGUCCACUCCACGAGCAACCAAGCCACCACCGCCGUCGUCUCCAAGGAACGGUGGUGGAUGUGUUCGGGUGAGUACUAACUUCGGGAACAAUCCUACGGUUCGAGUCGUUGGAUUCAACUGCCUUGACAGGGACAGAAGCAGCAGCGUUCCGACUCUUGCAUAAGAGUCCCAAAAACGCUGAAACGAGAGAUAAAUGCAAAUAUAUAACAGAGAAAUUAAGGGUAAACAGAAAUUUAAAAAGGUUUAGGAAAUGAUUAAUGAUGUGAUCAUGUUGGGUGUAUAUUUUGGUGGAAAAUAUGUAAACGUCUUGAAAGAAGAGGGUAGUUUUUAAAGGGGCUGUUAUAUAAUUUUUGGUUUUGAGUGUCCGAUUUGGGAAUUUUUGUAAAGUAAAAAGGGAGAGAGAGAGAGAGAAUGGUUUGUGAGUGUUUCAGUGUUUGGUGUCUUUAGUGAAAAUAACAUCACUGUAAAAAAAGGAAAGAGUUUUGAAAUGUGAAUAUAUCUUUACUCUAUUGUAUCUUAUGUACAUAUGUAGUUAUCAAAUGAAUUGUAAACUUUUAAAUU